CGUUUUUGCAGCCAAACAUGGGCAUGAUGAUGGCACGUGGGUGGCGGCGACUGGCGCCGCUGCUGACGGUGCUUGCAUGGAUGCACGCCAUGCCCGAAGCGGUGGGUGGGGGGUCGGACGCGCUCUUUCCCGACGGCCACGAGAAUGUUACGUUCUUGACCGAUGCCAACUUUUACCAGCAUGUGACGUCCGACGCUCGUUGGGUCGUGAACUUUUACAGUCCCAUGUGCAGCCACUGUCGUCAGUUUGCCCCGGCCUUUGUCGAAGUUGCCGCGCAUUACAAGGCCGUCGUCGGCGGUCGGAUCCGUGUCGGCGCCGUGAAUUGCCUCGACAACGUCUUGUGUCGACGUUUCGAAAUCCACGGAUACCCCCAAAUAGUGUUUUACAACUUUGGCGAGGUCGGCGAGACCCGCCGACGACGCGGCGGCAGUGGCCCUUCCACCAUCUACGCCACGGUGCAAGAGCUACUGGAUGCGGCAACAGAACAGCCUGCUCCAUCUUCCGAGGCGAAGGACAGCGACGUCGCGGACGUGGCAAUGUCCACCCACGUUCGCCCGUACUGGACCGCAUCGUCGGGACCGACCACUCGAGAAUCGCGCCUCCAGGACGCCGCAUCCGCAAUCGUCUAUGGUCUCAAGCACGAGCUGUUUGCCGCGUCCGAAGGGAACCUUUCCCCAGUCGAGUUGGCAGCGUUGAAACAGUGGCUGUGGCUGCACCAGCGGACGUUUCCCGGGCCGCACCACCGCGCCGCGCUCAAGGUCUUGCACGACGAUGUGUCAUCGCUCGACCACCUCGACAUGGUGACAUGGCACAAUCUCCUGCAUGCCUGGCAAGACGAGUCCGUCGCCGCUCCUGCCGCCGCCGCCGACGAAACGCCCGUAUGGAUGGACCUGCACGGGCUGUUCCAGACCGAUGGCAAGUCGUACAAGCGAUGCCACAGCUACACGUGUGGGCUAUGGACCGUGAUCCACAUCGCCGCUCAUCAAACGACGGCGCUGUCUCCCAACGACUGUGUCCAAGUGUACCAAGCCAUUCGGGGGUUCGUCGCAACGUUCAUGACGUGCGACGCGUGUAGAGAGCACUUUGUCGCUGUCAAUCCCCUGACGCUGCAAACGAAAUCCCCCGUCGCGCUGCAGCUGUGGGCAUACAACAUGCACAGCGCGGUCAAUGCGCGCGUGCACCAUCCAGUGUUUCCGAGCCCGUCCGACUGUCCGCGCUGCGCGACCGAUACCCGCGCGGUCUUGCGCUUCCUCGACUCCAUGUACGCCUAUCCUGAACCGACGGCGCUGCGUGCGAGUGACUCGUCGUGGGUGGUGUACGUUGGCGUCGGCGCAGGUGUCGCGGGAGUCGGUAGCGUCGUGGCGAUGGUGUGGUGGCGUCAGUCGUCUGCUCGUCCGCUGCCUCGAUUCCAGAAGAACCGCGUGGCGUAGCCAUCCUGUACCAGCGCAAACAAAACGUCGAUUCACUCGAGAGGAUGCGCCUUCGUUGCAGAGAAGGAUCUGGCACGGCCCCCCGUCUCCAAGGGAUUCCCCUCUUGACUCGGUCGUUCCGCGAAAACACGGCAAAGACAACCGUGGUGCAAUGGUAGGGACUCACGUGUUUUAUGACAAUCCCGUCACGAGGACGAAAAGAACGACGUCGUCAGCUUUGUUCCGAGUGCUUGACUCAGUCCCGCGAACGUGGGGGCGGCUUUUUCGAGCACGUCGGGCUUGUCUUUUGCAAAGGCUGUGAUCACGUUGAGAAAGUUCUCGGACGCGUUCAGUGCCGAGUUGAUCGACACGAUCGACACUAUCUCGUCCUUCUUGUCCUUUUCCUCCGCCAACUUGGCCUGGAGCAGCUGCUGUGUGAUCUUGGCGAUGUGCACGCC